UUUAAAUUAAUUAUGAAGGAAGGUGUGGACUCUAGCAGACCAAUCUGACCGGUUCGUUCGUUCCCCGGUCUACAGUGGAACAUUUCGAUUAUCGAUCGGCAGACUCGGAGAACCGAUCUCCUCUCACAAUCAGUGAUGGAACGCCGUUUCGUCAAGGAUUGUCUUCUUUCGCUGAUCUUUCGAUCUCUUCUUCUCGACAAGGAAAUCGCCACGACCAUUGAAAUCCAUCGUAUUCUGACGACCUGUUGUAUUGCCGGUUAAUUUCAACGAGGCGACGUGGUGAAUUUCGAGGUGUUAAGUUCGCGGGAAAUUUUUGGCGUAGUUUCAAGUAAUUUUCACGAUGUCGGUGCCUGUACGUCGCGACCAAUGGAACGUCCAGGCGUCGGAUAUCGCGAGGAACACGCACAACCCCAUAAGAUCGAUCGUGGAGAGUCUCGUGGUCGAGCCUAAUCCCGCCAAGUCCAUGAUCUCGUUGUCCAUCGGUGACCCAACUACUUUCGGCAAUUUGAGACCACCGAAAGAAGUAAUCGACGCUGUUCAGCAAAGCCUCGUCUCUCAAUUAUACAACGGAUACGCACCGAGUACAGGAUGUGAUUUUGUGCAGCGGAUGUUCCUGCGCUCUCGACCUCUGCAUAACAGCGUUAGCACGAACGGGGCAAAACAUUCUGAUACCGCGGCCCGGUUUCUCCAUCUAUCGAACACUCGCUGAAGGUCUCGGUAUCAACGUGAAAUCCUACGAGCUGCGCCCUGAACUCGGCUGGGAGAUCGAUCUGGACGACCUGGAAUCACAGAUCGACGAGUCCACAGCGGCGAUCAUUAUAAACAAUCCUUCGAACCCGUGCGGUUCCGUGUUCAGCAGGGAUCACACACUUGACAUUCUCGACGUGGCCGCUCGUUACUACAUACCAAUUAUUGCCGAUGAGAUUUAUGAACAUAUGAUAAGAAAGGCGCUUCAUUGUCUCAGCCAGAGGAUUAUCGGCAGCAACACGCUCAUCCAAGGCGCUCUGCCUGCCAUUCUGAGGAACACGCCGCAACAGUUUCACGACGACGUCAUGAAAACGUUACACGUUUACAUAGAUCUGCCUUGUUUCCCGGAAUUUAAUUCCGACCUCGAGUUCGUGCAACGAUUGCUAAUGGAGGAGUCCGUGUUCUGCCUUCCCGGCCAGUGCUUCGAUUAUCCGUCGUACAUGAGGCUGGUCAUCACUGUGCCCGUUGAUAUGCUGGAGGAGGCCUGCCAGAGGAUCCAGAAAUUCUGCCAGAGGCAUCACUACAAAACGGCAGAGAACACGCAGAGGAACAAUCUCGCUACCGUGGACAUUCUGUAUUAGCCUAAUCGCGCGGCACUCAUUAGGUAUAUAUAUAUUGUGCACAAAAUGCAGAACUUGGGCAACGCAGUGUGAUUCAAAAAAAAUACUGAAAAACUGGCUACAGAAAGAAAAAUGA